AUGGACGAUCUUGCGCACGUCAGCUUCGUGAACACAGAGUUUCUGCAAAAGAACGGGCUGACUGUGAAGAAUGUGUUGGACUACUUUUUCACCUCGCCUUUCUACCUUCACUUUGGCGGUGCCACGUCCUUGAAUGAGCAGCGGCGACGCGGGCAGAUUGAGGAUCCGUUUGCAAGCGAGUUCGUGUUGCUGGCUGCGAAUGAGGAUGCCAAGGAAGGCCGAGUGGAGACCUCUGUCUUCGUCAUUCAAAGACGUUCAACUGUUCCUCACGAAGCCUUCUACGUUAUCUCAGGCAGCAUCUACAAGGCCCCGGAGAUCUCGGAGCUGAUGGGCAGCGCCCUGUGCCAGGCCGCGCUCAGCGCCGCCGGCAUCCUGAAGAAGCAGCUGGAGGCCAUGCGCCAAAAGGAGUUGCCAGACUUGCCGUCCGAGGGAAGGUUGGAGUCGGAGCCCUCGGAGCCCUCGGAGCCGACGUGGCCUGCCUGGUGCCUCUUUGAGACCAAAGGCCCGCCGGCCUGGCUGCUGGCAGAAGCCAAACUGGCGGCCAAG